UAUGAUCUCUUCACUGCGACCACUACUUGUGUCUCUCUCUCAAUAGCGAACGCGAAAAGCAAAAAAGCCCAAAGAGAGAAAACAACAAAAGCACCGCAACUCCGCUGUGGUUGUGGUGGUUUUGUUUUUCUAUAAAGAAUCCCGCAAGGACCCAAUAACAUUUCUGCGAGUGGGAAGCUUCUCGCGUGUUGUUCCCUGCUCUUUCUUGUCAAAUUUUAGUAAUUACAUCGGUUCCCAUCAGCAAAUUUGAGACAUAAUUUCACCAACAUUUACAGAGGCAUGAAAAGGGGGUCCGGAAAAGACAGUUACUAAGAAGUUUAAAAUUACAUGAUAAAGUGCCGGGAUGGUUGCACAGGGCUUCACUGUUGAUCUCAAUAAGCCUCUUGUCUUCCAGGUUGGUCAUCUGGGAGAAGCUUAUGAGGAAUGGGUUCACCAGCCCAUUGUAAGCAAGGAGGGCCCUCGAUUUUUUGAGAGUGAGUUUUGGGAGUUCCUGACUCGUACAGUCUGGUGGGCAAUUCCAGUUAUUUGGCUGCCAGUUGUAUGCUGGUGCAUCUCAAUGUCUGUACAAAUGGGCCACACACCUUCUGAGAUAGCCUUAAUGGUGGGUUUUGGCAUUUUUAUCUGGACAUUGUUGGAAUACAGUUUACACCGCUUCCUUUUCCACAUCAAAACAAAGAGUUAUUGGUGGAACACCAUACACUAUCUUCUUCAUGGCUGCCAUCAUAAGCACCCUAUGGAUGGUUUGCGGCUUGUUUUUCCUCCAGCUGCUACAGCUGUUCUGUGUGUGCCAUUCUGGAACUUGGUUCAACUUAUAUCCACUCCCUCAAUUGCUCCUGCUCUGUUUGGAGGUGGUUUAUUGGGUUAUGUUAUGUAUGAUUGCACUCAUUACUACUUGCAUCAUGGUCAGCCUUCAAGUGGAGUACCAAAAGAUCUCAAGAAAUACCACUUGAAUCAUCACUUCAGGAUCCAGAAUAUGGGAUUUGGAAUUACUUCGUCGCUAUGGGACAAGGUGUUUGGAACACUUCCUCCAGUGAAAGUGGUUGAAAAGAGUAGAUAAUUUAAUUUGGAGGUGCAGCAUUACUAGUGAGGGUCAGGGUCGGUGGAUUUGAAGCAUCAUCAUUACUUGAUUCCCAAACAUUAUUUCUUCUUCAAUCAAUUGAUUUAUAGUAAUGUUAAUCAAAAUGGAGACCAGGGUUUUACCAUGUUUGUGGAUAUUAUGAAUUUGGUGGUGUCAUUUUCCUAUGAGAAAUCCUGUGUAAAUUAGUUUGCCAGUUAUUGGUGAAGAGAAAAAGUUCCAUUCGUCAA